CCCGGCGCGUGCAGAGCCGUCGCUGGCGAGCGGUGUGCUGGGGGACGCAUGGAUCCCGACGGCCGGUGGCGGAACCUGCCCAGCGGGCCUACCCUGAAGCAUUUGACGGACCCCUUGUAUGGGAUCCCGCAGGAGCAGCAAAAGCCAGCGUUGCAGGAGCUGACGCGGGCUCAUGUCGAGUCUUUCAACUACGCUGUGCGCGAGGGGCUGAGCCACGCGGUGCAGGCUAUACCACCCUUUGAAUUUGCUUUCAAAGAUGAGCGUAUCUCUCUUACUAUUGUGGAUGCUGUCAUCAGUCCACCCACCGUUCCAAAGGGGAGCAUCUGCAAAGAUCUCAGCAUUUAUCCAGCAGAAUGCCGGGGCCGAAGGAGUACCUACCGGGGAAAGUUGACAGCUGAUAUCAGCUGGUCAGUGAAUGGAAUCCCAAAAGGCAUCAUUAAGCAGUUUCUUGGCUAUGUUCCCAUCAUGGUGAAGUCUAAGCUUUGCAACUUAUACAGCCUUCCUCCCAGAGCCCUCAUCGAGCACCACGAAGAAGCAGAGGAAAUGGGAGGCUAUUUUAUCAUCAAUGGCAUUGAAAAAGUCAUCCGAAUGUUGAUCAUGCCUCGGAGAAAUUUCCCCAUUGCAUUGACAAGACCAAAAUGGAAAACCAGAGGGCCUGGCUAUACUCAGUAUGGAGUUUCAAUGCACUGUGUGAGGGACGAACAUUCUGCUGUCAACAUGAACCUUCACUACUUGGAAAAUGGCACAGUUAUGUUGAACUUUAUUUACCGGAAAGAACUGUUUUUUCUUCCUUUGGGAUUUGUACUUAAGGCACUUGUCAGCUUUUCCGAUUAUCAGAUUUUUCAGGAGCUCAUCAAAGGAAAAGAGGAUGACUCUUUCUUCAGGAACUCUGUUUCCCAGAUGUUAAGGAUUGUAACAGAAGAGGGUUGUUCCACACAAAAACAGGUCCUUAACUAUCUAGGUGAACGCUUCAGAGUAAAACUCAACCUUCCUGACUGGUAUCCGGAUGCACAGGCUGCGGAGUUUCUGUUUAACCAGUGCAUUUGUAUCCACUUGAAAUCCAAUACUGAAAAGUUUUAUGUACUUUGUCUCAUGACCCGGAAGCUCUUUGCUUUAGCCAAAGGAGAGUGCAUGGAGGAGAAUCCUGAUAGUUUAGUGAAUCAAGAGGUCCUUACACCCGGUCAGCUCUUCCUCAUGUUUCUCAAGGAAAAAAUGGAAGCUUGGUUAGUAUCUAUUAAAAUAGCUCUAGACAAGAAGGCUCAGAAGACCGAUGUGUCCAUAAACACUGACAAUUUGAUGAAGAUUUUUAAUCUGGGAACAGACCUUACAAAACCAUUUGAAUAUCUUCUUGCUACUGGGAAUCUGCGUUCUAAAACAGGUCUUGGCUUCCUGCAAGAUUCUGGACUUUGUGUUGUGGCUGACAAGCUGAACUUCAUACGCUAUCUCUCCCAUUUCCGCUGUGUGCACAGAGGGGCAGAUUUUGCCAAGAUGAGGACCACCACAGUACGCAGGCUGCUGCCGGAGUCCUGGGGUUUCCUUUGUCCUGUGCACACCCCAGACGGGGAGCCCUGUGGUCUGAUGAACCACCUAACUGCCAUAUGUGAGGUCGUCACGCAGUUUGCGUAUACAGCAUCUGUUCCAGCCUUGCUCUGCAGCUUGGGGGUCACUCCAGUUGAUGGGGCGCCGCACCGACCGUACAGUGAGUGCUACCCUGUCCUGCUGGAUGGCGUCAUGGUGGGCUGGGUGGACAAGGAGCUCGCUCCCAGCAUUGCGGAUUCUCUCCGACAUUUUAAGGUGUUGAGAGAAAAAAGAAUUCCUCCCUGGAUGGAGGUGGCCCUCAUCCCCAUGACAGGAAAACCAAGUCUGUACCCAGGAUUGUUCCUUUUCACCACCCCGUGUAGACUGGUACGGCCUGUGCAGAACUUGGAGUUGGGCAGAGAAGAGCUAAUUGGAACCAUGGAACAGAUCUUCAUGAACAUUGCUAUCUUCGAGGAUGAGGUUUUUGCUGGAGUUACCACCCACCAGGAACUCUUCCCUCACAGCCUGCUGAGUGUGAUUGCCAACUUCAUCCCUUUCUCCGAUCACAACCAGAGUCCACGGAACAUGUACCAGUGCCAGAUGGGUAAGCAAACUAUGGGCUUUCCACUUCUUACUUAUCGAGACCGAUCAGAUAAUAAACUGUAUCGUCUUCAGACUCCACAAAGCCCUUUAGUGAGACCAUACAUGUAUGAUUAUUAUGACAUGGAUAACUAUCCAAUUGGGACGAAUGCUAUUGUUGCUGUUAUUUCCUACACUGGCUAUGAUAUGGAAGAUGCCAUGAUUGUAAAUAAGGCCUCUUGGGAACGAGGCUUUGCCCAUGGAAGUGUCUACAAGUCUGAGUUCAUAGAUCUCUCUGAAAAAAUUAAACAAGGAGAUGACAGUCUGGUGUUUGGAGUCAAACCUGGUGACCCACGGAUUGUGCAGAAGUUAGACAACGAUGGCUUGCCAUUUAUUGGAGCACAACUGCAGUAUGGAGAUCCGUAUUACAGCUACCUGAACCUCAACACUGGAGAGAGCUUUGUGAUGUACUACAAGAGUAAAGAAAAUUGUAUUGUGGAUAACAUCAAAGUGUGCAGUAACGACACUGGAAGUGGAAAAUUCAAGUGUAUUUGCAUCACAAUGAGAGUCCCUCGGAACCCAACCAUCGGAGAUAAAUUUGCCAGUCGUCAUGGGCAAAAAGGCAUCUUGAGCAGAUUGUGGCCAGCUGAGGACAUGCCCUUUACUGAGAGUGGGAUGGUCCCAGACAUUCUCUUCAAUCCUCAUGGUUUUCCAUCCCGAAUGACCAUCGGUAUGUUAAUCGAGAGUAUGGCAGGGAAGUCUGCAGCUUUGCAUGGUCUCUGCCAUGAUGCUACACCCUUCAUCUUUUCAGAGGAGAACUCGGCCUUAGAAUACUUUGGUGAGAUGUUAAAGGCUGCUGGCUACAACUUCUAUGGCACCGAGAGGUUGUAUAGUGGCAUCAGUGGGGUAGAACUGGAAGCAGACAUUUUCAUAGGUGUGGUUUAUUAUCAACGCCUGCGCCACAUGGUCUCAGACAAAUUCCAGGUUAGAACAACAGGAGCCAGAGACAAAGUCACUAACCAGCCUAUUGGGGGAAGAAAUGUCCAGGGUGGAAUCCGUUUUGGGGAAAUGGAACGGGAUGCUCUUUUAGCUCAUGGUACCUCUUUUCUCCUUCAUGACCGCCUCUUCAACUGUUCUGAUCGAUCGGUAGCCCACGUGUGUGUGAAGUGUGGUAGUUUACUGUCUCCUCUGUUGGAGAAGCCACCCCCUUCGUGGUCUGCCAUGCGCAACAGAAAAUACAACUGUACUCUGUGUAAUCGCAGUGACACUAUCGACACUGUUUCUGUGCCUUACGUUUUUCGGUAUUUUGUAGCUGAGCUGGCAGCUAUGAACAUCAAAGUGAAACUGGAUGUCAUUUAACUUGAUGCUGGCUUUUUGGGUUAGCAGAACUAUCAGAUUAAAACAAAAUGUAACUUUGGUUCAGUGAAGAUACUAGGUUACUCUGGGUUUUUUUCAAGGGUGUGAGAACUCUCAACCAAGACCUAGCAACCAAGAUUUCAAGGUUUCCAAGUCUCUCUGGUAUAAUAACUACCAAAGUUGAUUUUCAAUAUAUUUGUUCAAAAAUUCCACAAGUGUCUUCUUAAAAAAUGGUACAUUGUUAAAUAGAAGGAUACACAGGGAAAAGUCUUUCCAACCCAAGCUUCUUUGUGUCCUUUCAGCACGCAGUGACUGUCAAAUGUUCAUUUGUCCAUCUGGAGCGGAGUGGUCCAAUAUAAUGCAAGCCAUAUAUGUAAUUUUAUAUUUUCCUAUAUCCACAUUAAAGUGAAGAAAAAAGAUAGAAAUAUUUUUAACAGCUUUAUUGAAGUCUAAUUGUUUACAAAAACUGCACAUAUUUAAUAUAUACAAUUUGAUGGAUAUGAUCAUAUGCAUAUGCCUGUGAAACGAUCACUACAAUCGGGAAUAAACGUUACCUCCAAAAGUU